GUGAAGCUGGUAUGGUAUUACAACAAUGCUCUUGGAAGGCCUAACAAAAAGAAAUUUAUAGCUCGAGCAAAAGCAUAUCAUGGUUCAACUCUUAUUUCUGCCAGUCUCACUGGUCUUCCUGCACUGCAUCAAAAAUUUGAUCUUCCUGCUCCAUUUGUACUGCACACUGACUGCCCUCAUUAUUGGCGCUAUCAUCUGCCAGGUGAGACGGAGGAGGAGUUCUCAACCAGGUUGGCUAAAAAUCUGGAAGAUCUUAUCCUCAAAGAGGGGCCUGAAACAAUAGCUGCUUUCAUUGCUGAACCAGUCAUGGGGGCAGGAGGUGUCAUACCUCCUCCAGCAACUUAUUUUGACAAGAUCCAAGCUGUGGUGAAGAAAUAUGACAUUCUUUUCAUAGCGGAUGAGGUCAUCUGUGCCUUUGGGAGGCUUGGAACAAUGUUUGGCUGUGACAAGUAUAACAUCAAGCCCGAUCUUGUCUCCCUAGCCAAGGCUCUUUCUUCUGCAUAUAUGCCAAUUGGAGCUGUCCUUGUAAGCCCUGAAGUUUCUGAUGUAAUAUAUUCUCAAAGCAAUAAACUUGGUUCCUUUUCUCAUGGAUUCACAUAUUCUGGGCAUCCUGUGUCAUGCGCGGUGGCAUUGGAAGCUCUUAAGAUCUACAAGGAACGAAAUAUUGUUGAGAAAGUAAAUAGAAUAUCCCCAAAGUUCCAAGAAGGUCUGAAGGCGUUUUCUGACAGUCCCAUAGUCGGAGAGAUUAGGGGAACUGGUUUGAUCCUCGCAACGGAGUUUGCGGAUAACAAAUCUCCUAAUGAUCCUUUCCCUCCUGAAUGGGGUAUUGGUGCAUAUUUUGGAGCACAGUGUGAGAAGAAUGGUAUGUUGGUACGUGUUGCUGGUGAUACCAUAAUGAUGUCUCCACCAUUUAUAGUGACUCCAGAAGAACUUGAUGAGUUGAUUAGCAUCUAUGGGAAAGCAUUAAAGGAAACUGAAAAAAGGGUGGAAGAAUUCAAGUCUCGGAAGUAAUAGUUGACAGAAAAAGCUUGAUGAUGGCGAAAAAAACAGAUAAACAAGCAACAAUUAAAACCAAAAUUUCUUGGCUAUACUGUAAAUGUCCAGAAUGAAUGAAGUAAGAAAUAUUGUAAUUCUGUUUGCAGUAAAAUUCCAGCUUUUGACCCAUAAAUUGAAGAUGGCUACCCCUUUCACCAGUUGUCACUCAAUAUACUGUAUUACAAAUUUUUCCCAAGCCAGUUGCAUCAAAUGCGGACGAGUAUUAUCGUAAUUUUAAUAUAUAUAUAUGCUGUAACUUUUGAGUUUUCA